AUGGAACAGGAAAAUUUGUGUCAAACAUUAGAUUUGACAUGUUCCGAAAAUGAGAUUUUUAAAGCUAGUUUUGACCUGCGUAACCUGAAAGAAAGUGCAAAAGAUAUUGGAUGUAAUGAAUAUAUCGACUCUCUACUACCAAGUGAAGUUUCUUCUUCCUCAGCUUCGGAGGAAGAUUUAAGUUCUAUUGAAGCUAAUGAAAGUAACAGUGACUCAUAUGAAACACCCCUAAUACAAUCCUCUGGAUGUGAUGUUGAUGUAUUUUUAAAAGAGACUAAUGAAAAUAAUGUUAAGUUAGAGGAUAUUCCAUACAAGAGACAUGAUCCUAUAACUAAAGGAAGGCCUUCCUCCUGCAUAUUUGUUGCUUCGUUAGCAGCUAUAUUAACAGAUGAUCAACUGUGUCAUUCUGUUACUGAAAAAUUCCAAUGUUUUGGAAAAUUAAACGGAGUUAAAGUCUUGCGCGAUCCACAGAAUAGACCUUAUGCUUUUGUCCAAUAUACAAACGACCAUGAUGCACAAAGAGCUCUAAAUUUAUCACAAGGUUCCACUUUAAAUGAUAGAGUCAUUAGAUGUGAACAAGCUAGAGUAAAUAGAACUUUGUUUGUUUCAUGCUCUUCGCCAAUUUCUUGUCGAGAUAUCGAAUCAUUUUGUGAACAGUUUGGUGAAUUAGAGCAAUUAAUCCCCAGUUUUACUUCAGAUCCAAAUCAACCUAACACAAAGAAAAAAAAUAUUCUUCCAAACUUCAGGUUUGUUGAACCGGAAUCAUAUAAAAUUGCUUGUUGGUUCGUACAAUUUGCAUUCAGGGAUGAUGCUAUUAGAGCCUUUGCUAAUAUAAAAGCAGAACUUUCAUGGACUGUCCAUUGGGUUCAAAAUGUAAAAGUGCCAAAAAAAUACAAUUUGCUUUCGUCUUUUCAAAGAUCUUUAUAUGAAAAAAAUGAUAAUAAAAAAGAUGCUUAUCAUGAAUCUAAUGGAAAUUGUAUAAAUAAUAGAAUUUCCAUUGAUAGAAAAUCUAUAUUUGUUGGUCAAUUACACAAGGACACUACAACAGAAUUAUUAACUAAACAUUUUGAAAUAUAUGGAAAAAUAUUUAAUUUAAAAUUAAUUCAUAAGCCAACUAAUAUUUUUGCGUUUAUUGAGUACGAUGACGAAUCUUCAGCGGCUAUAGCUUUGGAAAAGGAAAAUCAUUCAACUUUUCUUGGCAAGACUAUUCAUGUGCAAUAUAAAGAAAUCAAUAAUUCAUUUCCAUAUACGAAAAGGGAAGUAAGAACAAAUCAACAGGAAGUAUUCAUUGGAAAGUUUAACAGUAACGGCAAUCCAAUUCAGCACCAUAAUGGUAAUAAGUAUUUUGUUAGUCCACAGAUAACUUUGGCUCCACCGCCUAUUAAUAUUGCUAGACGAAAAAAUCUUGGUAAUAGUACCAUUGAAUUAUCAGUAAAUAAGUUUGUUCCAUCUCCUUUUAGAGGGUACUCUAAUUAUAGACGCAAUUCGUAUCCAUUUGAAUGGCAGUUGCAUUCACUUGAAAAUGAAUUCAUAGAUUCUCAGACUAAAGCCUUUUCUCCUAAAGAUAUGUAUAUGGAAAUUAAUCAUAAAGAUAGAGAGAAUACAGAAGAAAGAGAAAAUGUUAAUAAAAUUUCAUUUGAGGAAAAAUCCUCAGAUACAGUUAAUUCAGAAUAUGAUACUAUGGAUUUAAUUGAAAAUCCAACUCAUGUUAGCAUGACAUCCUAUAAUGAAUCGUCAAGAGAUAGUUCCAAACCUGGUAAAACAAGCAACAAAAACAAUUAUAAUAAUAACAAUUAUAAUUACAAUGGUAAAUCUAAUUUCAACAAUUCAAGGAGAAGAUACUCUCAUCCACCUAGUCCUUAUUAUCAACCAAAUUAUUUUAUGGCACCUAAUCCAUACCACAGCACAUCUUCUGGUAACACUCCCUCAUACAUGAUGUAUUACCCUCCAAUGCCAAUGCCUCCACCAGACACAUUGUCACAGCAUCAGUUUUUUCCAUUUAAUCCUUCAAUAUCACCAUAUGGUUCUAAUUUAAUGCCAAUGAUGAUGCCACAGAUGCCUCCACUACCCUUACCUCCUUUAUCUGUUAUGCCUCGAAAUUCGACCCCAUCUUCUUCAAGUGAAAAUAUUUCUCAGGCAAAUGCAUAUAUAUUUAGUGAUGGAAGAGAUUGCGAGCAUAGAAGUGAGUCACCACAUGUAUCUUUUAAAGAGGAUAUUAACUUAAUUAGAUCAUUCAGUAAUAGUGUUACAAGUUUAAAUGUUUUAGAUGGUAGUAAGGAUAUUAAACACACCGGUAAAAAGAAUAAUAGAUUUCAAAAGAUUCUACGUAAUCAAGUUCCGAGUUUUAAACCAAGAAUGUUUAAUCAAAGAGAAAGUACACCUUUUAAUGAAGAAAUACCUUCAGAGUUUCUUGAUUAUUGA